AUGAUAAGAAUCUCUGAUUUCCACUUUGCUGGUGAGACCCAGUGUCUGCCGCUUCUAAUCAUUUCUAUUCUGUGGACAUUAGUGUAUACAGUGCCGCAGAUGUCUGACAUUCAGUUAGAGCGGACACUAGCUGAUAGAGUGAUGAUGCAGAGACAUAUAAAAUGCGCUCUCAGCGAGGGACCUUGUGACCCGACGGGGAUGAGGCUUAGAACUCUCGCGCCCCUCGUUCUGCGCGGAUCCUGCCCUCAAUGCUCAUCGCAGGAGACGCGCCAAAUAAGACGAACACUCGCUUACGUGCAAAGAAACUAUCCGUGGGAAUGGGCCAAGAUUAUUUCACACGUCAUAGUAAUUUUAGCAAUGGCCGCUCUCUGCGUCGCUGAGACACAACGGCCUGCUGUGUCUGACACCGCGCUUGAAGACGCCCUCAAUGACAAACGUUUUAUACAACGACAAUUAAAAUGCGCGCUCGGUGAAGCACCGUGUGACCCUAUUGGAAAACGAUUAAAAACAUUAGCACCAUUGGUUCUCAGAGGCGCCUGUCCACAAUGUACGCCACAAGAAACGAAGCAAAUUCAACGGACCCUGUCUUACGUACAAAGAAACUUCCCUCAACAGUGGGCUAAAAUUGUACGCCAGUACUCUGGAUAA